AAACUCCACUCGUGUCCCGUCUGCCGAGAGAGGGAGGGGGAGAAGCAGCGGGCGGCGCGUACCACUGCUCAGCCCUUCUACUAGGCACUGAGGCAAGCUCUCUUGUUUUCAUUCCCCCCUUUCUGUUAAGAGGGGGUUUGAAUAAGACUGAAGCUUUGAAAAAAAAAGGAAAGAAAGGAAGAAAAAAAGGAAGCACGUUACAGGAGUAAUAAGGUAAAGGUACCGAAAAGUUGCGUGAAGCACCGCACGCAGCUGAAGUGAGAGUCCGAGUGGGAAACGAACACGCUUGUCUCAGAGUAAAACGUAAAGAAAGUUCUUCCAUUCAGAAGACAGAAGAGGGGUGGCUGAAGUCAUUCAGGGAAACGAUGAGACUGCUCGGACUGCACUGAACCGCGCGACCCGAUUGGCCCAAACCAGUUUGAACCGAGACGGAUGCAAUGUGCUCUACUGUACGUAGGAGAAGGCAGUGACAGCUGGUUUCUGUACAACGCUGGAGAUCGGGCAUGUGCCCGCAGGAGAGCAAACUGCUGCUGGAAGUUGGGAAAGAUGUGCACGGAAGGAUACGAUCAAAAUGAAGAAGUAACGAUGAACUUGUGAGGAGAGAAGCGCAGCUUUCGAAAACACACAGGAUUUUAAGGGCUUUUCAGUUUCUUUUUUGGAACAUAACGAGGACGGAAAUGUAUUGGACGAUUCUAUAAACGGGAAUACGAGUUCAGCAUCUUCAAGUGCUUCGUGCGAACAACUAAAUUCGUUUCUUUUGACAAGGGCACCAAGCACACGAUCCCAGGCUGUCUACAAAGUCUUUUUUUUUUCUUUUUAAUUAUUUCUUCUCCAGGGAACGCGUGUUUUACGUGUGUCUUGCACGAGAAGAUAGGAUUAUGAAGGAUCGGAGUUCGUUUUCCUUGCAAUAAUUAUUGUGGAUUAUUAUACCGCCGACUUCUUGGUUUCUGUAUGAACUUGUGGACACGAUGUCUGCACACUAUCUCGGAGCUUACUUUCUGUAUGGAUUGCUCUGUAUUUGCUCAGGAUCACGCCUUCGCCAGGAGGAUUCUCCACCUAGAAUCGUGGAACACCCCUCAGAUCUUAUUGUCUCCAAAGGAGAACCUGCUACAUUGAACUGUAAAGCAGAAGGCAGACCAGUCCCAACUAUUGAGUGGUACAAAGAUGGCGAGCGAGUGGAGACUGACAAGGAUGAUCCUCGCUCCCACCGCAUGCUGCUGCACAGUGGCUCUCUGUUCUUCCUCCGCAUUGUACACGGACGUCGCAGUAAGCCGGAUGAGGGUGUUUAUGUUUGCGUGGCCAGGAACUACUUGGGUGAAGCGGUGAGCCACAACGCAUCCCUAGAAGUAGCCAUUCUCCGUGAUGAUUUCCGACAGAAUCCUUCUGAUGUAAUGGUAGCAGCCGGAGAACCUGCGGUGAUGGAAUGCCAGCCUCCUCGUGGACACCCUGAACCCACCAUCUCAUGGAAGAAAGAUGGAGUCCCAAUAGACGACAAGGAUGAAAGGAUUACCAUCAGAGGAGGAAAACUGAUGAUCACAAAUGCCCGAAAGAGUGAUGCUGGCAAAUAUGUCUGUGUUGGCACCAACAUGGUUGGAGAACGAGAAAGUGAAAUUGCGGAGCUCACUGUUUUAGAACGUCCAAAUUUUGUGAAAAGGCCCGGCAGUCAGGUGGUUCUUGUUGAUGAAAGUGUGGAGUUUAGGUGUGAAGCGAGAGGAGACCCCAUUCCCACUGUGCGAUGGCGCAAGGAGGACGGUGACAUGCCAAAAGGAAGGUUUGAGAUUCGAGAUGAUCACACCUUGAAGAUUCGACGGGUGACAGCAGCAGAUGUCGGCUCAUACACCUGUGUGGCUGAAAACAUGGUGGGAAAGGCUGAAGCUUCGGCGACGCUGACUGUACACGCUCCCCCUCAAUUUGUGGUUCGACCUCGAAAUCAGGUUGUCGCCGUGGGGAGGACGGUAACGUUUCAGUGCGAAGCGACAGGAAAUCCACAGCCUGCCAUUUUUUGGCAAAGAGAGGGCAGUCAGAAUCUUCUCUUUUCAUACCAACCUCCUCAACCAUCCAGUCGAGUGUCCGUGUCCCAGACAGGGGAUCUCACCAUCAUCAACGCAGAGAGAUCUGACGUCGGCUAUUACAGCUGCCAGGCACUUAAUAUUGCUGGGAGUGUUAUCACCAAAGCUCUUCUGGAGGUUACAGAUGUAGUUUCAGACAGACCUCCUCCUGUUAUUAAACAGGGCCCUCUGAACCAGACAGUGGCGGUGGAUGGCACAGUGGUCCUCAGCUGUUUAGCUACUGGCAACCCCUCUCCAACCAUCUUGUGGCGGAAGGACGGGGUGCUUGUGUCCGCUCACGACUCCCGAAUCAAGCAUCAGGAAUCGGGGGGUCUUCAAAUCCGCUAUGCCAAGUUGGGUGACACAGGAAUAUACACCUGCAUCGCCUCCACACCAAGCGGGGAAGCUACAUGGAAAGCCCACCUUGAAGUCCAAGAGUUUGGUGUUCCAGUGCAGCCAGCAAGACCUACAGAUCCAAAUUUAAUCCCAAGUGCCCCUUCAAAGCCUGAAGUCACUGAUGUCAGUCGCAGCUCAGUAGCAUUAUCCUGGCAACCUAACUUAAAUUCAGGUGCAACACCAACAUCUUACAUUAUCGAGGCUUUCAGUCAUGCAUCUGGAAGCAGCUGGCAGACUGUGGCCGAGCACGUGAAAACAGAGAUAUACUCUCUGAAAGGGUUAAAGCCCAGUGCAGUCUACCUCUUCCUCGUAAGAGCUGUAAAUGCAUAUGGAUUAAGUGAUCCAAGUCCAAUUUCUGAUCCUGUUAAAACUCAGGAUAUUCCGCCCACAAGUCAAGGAAUCGACCACAAACAAAUUCAAAGGGAACUGGGAGAUGUUGUUAUCCAUCUUCAUAAUCCAACUAUUCUUUCCUCUUCUUCUGUUAAGAUUCAGUGGACGGUGGAACAGCAGUCUCCCUACGUUCAGGGGUAUAAGCUCCUGUACAGGCCCACUGCUGCAGAUGGGCAAAGCAAGUCAGACUGGUCCGUGUUUGAAGUGAGGUCUCCUACAGAAGACAGCUCCAUCAUCACUCAGCUGAAGAAAGGCGUUACCUACGAGUUCAAAGCCCGUCCAUUCUUUAAUGAGUUUCAAGGGACAGACAGUGAAGUGAAAUAUGCAAAAACCUUUGAAGAAGCUCCCAGUGCCCCUCCUCAGAGUGUAAAGGUAACAAAGAACGAUGACAAUGGGACAGCAAUCAUCGUCUCCUGGCAACCACCCCCCUUGGACUCCCAAAACGGUGUAGUGCAGGAGUAUAAGAUUUGGUGUCUUGGAAAUGAAAGCCGCUACCAUAUUAACAAGACCGUAGAUGGCUCAACGUUUUCUGUGGUCAUUCCCAGUCUGUCUCCGGGAAUUCGUUACAGUGUGGAAGUGGCCGCCAGCACUGAUGCAGGUCUAGGCGUGAAGAGUGAAUCCCGGUUUAUCCAGCUUGAUUCCUUAGGAAGAAUCACGGACAAUAAUGAACGGUCCACAAGUACCUUGACACAGCAGAUCUCGGAUGUGGUGAAGCAGCCGGCCUUUAUUGCCGGGAUUGGAGCCGCUUGCUGGAUUAUUUUGAUGGUCUUCAGCAUUUGGUUGUACAGACACAGAAAGAAAAGAAGUGGCCUCAGCAGCAGCUAUACCGGGAUUCGAAAAGUCCCAUCAUUUACUUUCACGCCUACAGUUACCUAUCAGAGAGGUGGGGAGGCUGUAAGCAGCGGCGGAAGACCUGGACUACUAAAUAUUGGUGAGCCGGCCACACAACCCUGGCUAGCGGAUACCUGGCCAAACACGUGUUCCAAUCACAAUGACUGUAGCAUUAAUUGUUGUACAUCAGGAAACGGCAACAGCGACAGCAACCUCACGACUUACAGUCGUCCAGCUGAUUGCAUUGCAAAUUACAAUAACCAGCUAGACAACAAGCAGACCAACCUAAUGGUACCUGACACUGGCGUGUAUGGGGAUGUCGACCUUAGCAACAAAAUCAAUGAAAUGAAGACGUUUAACAGUCCUAACCUGAAAGAUGGGCGAUUUGUAAAUUCAGCAGGACAACCCACCCCCUAUGCGACGACGCAACUAAUCCAGUCAAACAUUGGAAAUAACAUCAACAGCGGUAACGUGGAAGUGAAUGACAAACACUGGAAGCCAUCCAUUCAACAGAAGCAGGACAUUCCACCACUGCAGUACAACAUCAUGGAGCAAAACAAACUAAAUAAAGACUACCGGGUGACGGACUCAGGCAUGCCAGCCACCAUUCCUUAUAACCAGUCUCAUGAUCAGAAUACGGGCGGCUCGUACAACAGUUCAGACAGAGGAAGCAAUACCUCUGGAAGUCAGGGUCACAAAAAAGGCACCCGAACUCCAAAAAUGCCAAAGCAAAGUUCAAUGAAUUGGGUGGAAUUGUUGCCUCCACCACCAAGUAAUCCUCCACCGUGUCGAAGCAAUGAAGAGUUCAGCUUGUCCAUGGACGAGAGUUAUGAUCCAGAAAUGCAAUGUCCAGUCCCUCCUGCCCGAAUGUACCUACAGCAAGAUGAACUGGAAGAAGAAGAAGAGGAGGACGAGGAGGCAGAGGAGAUUGAAAGAGUACCUACGCCACCUAUCCGUGGAGCGGCUUCAUCUCCAGCAGCUGUAUCAUACAGCCACCAGUCAACUGCCACUCUCACGCCAUCCCCACAGGAGGAACUGCAACCCAUGCUGCAGGAGUGCCAGGAUGACAUGCCACACAUCCCACAUCAGCAUGAUCGCAGGCGCCAUCCUGUCAGCCCUCCUCCACCGCCUAGACCCAUUUCUCCUCCUCAUACAUAUGGCUACAUAUCUGGACCGCUUGUAUCUGAUAUGGACACAGACGCUCCUGAUGAAGAUGGGGAUGAGGCAGAUGUGGAAGUGGCCAAGAUGCACACAAGACGACUUCUCCUGCGAGGCCUGGAACAAACCCCUGCUUCCAGCGUUGGCGAUUUGGAGAGCUCUGUCACAGGCUCAAUGAUCAAUGGCUGGGGUUCGGCAUCUGAGGAAGACAAUGCUUCCAGUGGAAGAUCCAGUGCUGUCAGCUCAUCUGAUGGAUCAUUCUUCACCGAUGCAGACUUUGCACAAGCCGUCGCUGCUGCAGCAGAGUAUGCUGGUCUUAAAGUAGCCAAAUAUUCUAUGCCUGAUAAUGCUGGAGGACGUCGGCACUAUCUAAACCCUCAUAGUCACAGACCCACCAGCCCCGUUUCCACAGACAGCAACAUGAGUGCCGCCAUCAUGCAGAAGACAAGACCAACAAAAAAACAGAAGCAGCCACCAGGACAUCUGCGGAGGGAUGUUUAUAAUGAAGAAUUGCCUCCUCCUCCACUGCCACCACCAGCAAUUAAGUCUCCUACCCACGCAUCCAAAUCUCUUUUAGAAGCACGGUCAGUAAUGUCUCCAAAGCUGUCACAAACAGAACAGAGGCCUGCCGACAAAAGGAGUGGCAACUACAGGAGCAGAGAAGGAGCUGAUGCCAGACAUCAUUCGGAUGGUCGCACAAGUUCGGCAGAACGCAGAGAAUCGCAUGAAAGGCUACGGGAGGCUAAGCCACGUGCAAGCAAGUCGGGAAAACAAGAUGCUACCCCAGCCAAGUCACGCCAAAAUCAAGUUGCAGAAGAUAUACUUCCAUAUAGCAGGCCCUCGUUUCCCGCACCUCACACUCCCAGAGACCCAAGUUCAUCCAGUUCUAUGUCAUCACGGGGCUCUGGAGGGCGACGAAGAGCUGAUCAGAUGAAUGUAGGAAGGAGGAAUCCAUCAGACGCUGGACUCCAGGGAAUGGGGACCUUUGAACACGAAGAGGAUGAAAUUGAGGUGGAAGAAAGCUGAAAAACGAAGAGCUGCAAAACAAAAAGACCUUUUCUAAAGUCUUCUGUUAAUGGGGAAACAGUAUCCUAUCUUUUAAUUUUUGUUGCCAGAUGCCAAGUUUGGUGCAAUCAGAUUAUGUGCAUUUUCUUUUCUUUUCAUCCUGUCAACUUACCAAUUUAUUAAUGUUUAAUUUUUAUAUAUAUAUUUUUAAUUUAUGACUGGAUUUAUUGGCGUCCAGUUAAAAAAAAAAAUACAGUAACAGCAGCGCAUCUAGUGGUACUGUUCUCAUUACAAUGCAAUAUGGGAAAAUAGUUUACACUGACAAUAUAAUGGAAGGGGGCCGUGGUGGUCAGCCCCAUGAAAAGCCUUUACAGUGGGGUUACUGUAAUAAAAUUAGCUACAAGCGGAUUGGGGUGGCCCAUAUUGUAAAUACAUCUCAAGUUUUUUGUUUUUUUUUGUAACCUAUUGUGGUACCAACACUUUGUCUUCCUUUUAUUUUUUUUUUUUGCCGACGAUUUAUUUUGUAAAUUGUUGAAGUGGUCAACCACCCCAGCAGAGUGCCACUGAGGGAUCAUUUUAAUGGUUUGUUCUUUGUUUGUGUAAUGCACUGUAUUUUGUUGGUUGAUUUUCGUUUGUUAUUUUUUUUGUUUUGUUCUUUUUUGUCUUUGGUUUUAAAAGCACAAUCACUUAACUUUAUUUUAAACCAUUGUAUCUAUUAACCUUUUUGUCUUACUGAAAAAUAAAGUCGGACAAGAAAGUAUUGUUAAUCAUGGUGUUGUAGUUUAAAAAAACGAUAAGCUGGUGCUGUAGCGAUGAAUGGAACACGCAUCCGUAGAAGAAGGCCCACGUUUCAGAAGACCGCUCUGUUUCCAGGACACCAAGGGUUGAUGGAUCCAUUUGUCCCUUUCAGUCUGUGUACUUCAUGUUCACAGUGAAGCCAUACAUCAUCUGGACGUGUACAUACACGACUUUUUCUCAUCAUUAGAGAAUGCUGACAUAUCAAGACUUAACGACAUUUGAAAAAUAAUGGAAAAAAAUAACACAAAAAAAAAGAAAAAAUGUGCAGUUGUGCAAAUGAAUAUUUGGAGUGCCAUCAUAUAAGAAGAAAUUUUGUACUAAAACUUAGUUAAAACUGUUUAAAUGGUUGCAUAGCAAAGAUUUCGGAACUAAGGGAAUUAGCUUUGUUGUUUUCAUUAUUUUCAUGUAAAAUGCAAGUUCUUUAUCAUUAGCCAUACUUUUGCAUACAGAGGAUCGAUCCUAAUCAUGUAAUUUUUUUCACAUUAUUUAUUAAAAAUGUCUUCAAAUACCA